AUGCCACGGUCCCUGACUCCUAGGAAGACCCGACAUGGACGCGAUACCAAUUCAAGGCUCGCUUUAUUAGAGGCACUUGACACGCCUCCGGGACCUUCGGCUGAUGAGAUUAGAACCUCGGAGUUCUUUAAUGGGGAAGACUCUUCUUCUGAGGAAUCCUCCCUAUCGGAACCUGAAGACAGCGAGGCAGGUCUGCACGAAAAGCCAGACGGCAGUGGUGAUGAUGACGAUGAAGAUGAAGAUGAAGAUGUGAACUGGGAAGAUGUCACUUCUAAUCCCAAUUCCAACAUCCAAACCCCAGCUCCAGCCCUGCGAGACUUGAGUAUCGUGCUAGAAAGGAAUGAAGAAUCAUUCGCCCCUCUCUCACUUUCUUCCAAGAAAGGGCCAAGUAAGAUCGACCGUCUAAUUAGGACACAAACGCAUUGCAUGCAUGUGCAGUGUCUUCUAUUUCACAACGCUGUUAGAAAUGCCUGGAUUAAUGAUCCAGAAACAAAGAAGAUUCUCCUUUGCCAGUUGCCAGAAAAAAUCAAUAAACAGCUGGGGCAGUGGAGAUCAAUAGUCAAGUCAUCUGCCUCGAUAUCAGAGGGCCAGGAUGAGCCUACAUACCAUAUCCUGACAGCGCUUGCUUCUUACUGGUCUGAAUCUUUCAAUAUUACUGCCCCUGGAUUGAGAAAAAGAGGUUACAGACCAAUUCCCGUUCUUGGGAGAGAGAUUUCCAAAUUCAAUGGUCCGGAUGAAGAUGGCAACGACCAUGGGGAAAUUAUUCGUGAUAUCACCGAAUUUCGUGAGCUUGCUCGGCGACGUCAAGGGUCCCGUGAUACAGGAGCCCAGCUUUUUACUUCUCUUUUAAGAGCUGUUGGCCUGGAAGCAAGAAUGGUUACCAGCCUACAGCCGAUUGGCUUUGGAUGGAGUAAAUUUGAGGAAUAUAACCCCAAAGAAAAGCCAAGCCGUUCCGGAAAGAAGAUAGAUAAAGAUCUCAAGCAUCCAAUAUACUGGUCUGAAGUUGUAUCGCCUAUUACGAAUGAUAUUAUACCCGUGGAGGCUCUUGUUCUUCCAUUUUACCUGGCCAGAACUCCAGAACGUUUAGCAAUGUUUGAACCUCCAGCCGCGAAAGCGGAAAAAGCAAAACAAGUGAUAGCGUAUGUGAUUGCAUACUCUCCAGAUGCAACUGCAAAAGAUGUCACUAUUCGGUAUCUGAAAAAGCAAGCCUGGCCUGGGAAAACAAAAGGAUUUCGACUACCAGUAGAAAAAAUUCCGUACAAUAUGUCUGGAACUCGUGCAUAUUACGAAUAUGACUGGUUUAAGACCACAAUGCGGGGCUAUCUACGACCAGCAAGUAAAAGGACUGCUGCCGAUGCCAAAGAAGAUGAAGCCCUUACACCUGGCCAAGCAAGGAAUAAUAAGCUAAAGGAGGGAGAUACACUCCAAAGUCUGAAGGCGUCUGAUGAGUUUGUACUGGAGAGGUUUUUGAAAAGAGAAGAAGCCCUCCGUUCUGGUGCAACCCAUGUCCGUACUUUCACUACUGGCAAAAACGAGAAGAAGAAAGAGGAAAAGGUCUAUAAACGAUCGGAUGUAGUGAAAUGCCUUUCUGCUGAGAGCUGGCAUAAAGAAGGACGAAAAGUUAAGAUGGGGCAGACGCCUCUGAAACUCGUUCCCAUCAGGGCAGUUACGCUCAACAGGAAAAGAGAGGUAGACGAGCUUCAUCGCGAGACAGGUGAGAAGCCAAUGCAAGGACUCUACGCCCGAUAUCAAACGGAAUUUAUAAUCCCGCCGCCUAUAAAGGAUGGGGUAAUACCCAAGAAUGAGUAUGGGAACAUUGAUUGUUUCGUUCCAUCCAUGAUACCACGAGGAGCGGCCCAUGUGCCAUACCCCGGGACCGUCCGCGUUUGCAAGAAACUCGGCAUAGAUUAUGCAGAAGCAGUUACCGGAUUUGAAUUCGGGAGUAAAAUGGCUGUUCCAAUAAUUGAAGGGGUAGUCGUUGCAGCCGAGAAUGAGAACCUUUUGAAGGAUGCGUGGAUGGCUGAUGAACAGGAAAAAAGGAGAAAAGAGAAGCUCAAGCAUGACAAACUUAUCCUAGCUACAUGGCGGAAAUUUAUAAUGGGCCUUCGCAUUAAUGACCGGCUCCGGGAAGAAUACGGUGGAAUGGGUGAAACUGAAUCUCACAAUCCAUUUGCUAGUCGCAUGGACCCUGACUCUGAAACUCAUCAGACUACAGAGGUCGAUAGUCAGAGUCACGACACGGGAGGUGGAUUCCUUGUUCCUGGAGCUGACGAUGAUAUGCACGAAGAAGGUGGUUUUUUGGUUGAAGAUGAUAACCCACAUGAAGGCUAG